AUGGAAGGCAUGGAGAGAUACGACUACUACUACAAUCAGACGGCUAGGUAUGUAGGGUGUUAAGGGUUAAUAUUGAGUUCUGUAGUUAAAAGGUAUAUAAAGUUAAGUUUGUUUUAAGAAAGGUUCUGUAACUUUUUAAAACUGUAUUUAUUAAUGUAUGUUUCAAAAUUUAAACACGAUAGCUUACUGUCAGACUUACAAAUCUACAGUAAUCUUAAAAAAUCUUUUAUUUUUGACUUUAAACGUUACAGUAAUUUAAAAAAAAGUCAACUUUCACAUUUUUUAAAAUUACAGUAAGCCCAAAAAAUUGAAAUGCCAUUUUGAAUGUAAACUAUAGAAGUGUUUAAUCCAAGAUACGAUUUGUAUUGUAACAUAAUCCGUUUAUAGCGUAAAACUUUUGUUUACUCAAGUCCAUUUAAGGAAGGAUACGGAAGCCGUUGUGACCUUAUAUAAACGUUAUAUAGCGUUUAAUAUAAACUAUAUAUAGACACUUGAAAACAUGUUUAUUUUGUGUUUUAUAUCUCAAAAAAUGGCAUUGAGGAAUAGUACCAAGGGUGAUGUUAUAUCAAUAACAUUAUUUACAUUAUAACCAUAACCCCUAUUUCAGCAGCCACUCCCCCACCUCCUCGUGCCAGUCCAUCAAAUCAGAUCAGAAGAAGAUCAAGAAGAAGAAGUCGAGUGAGAAGGAGCGAAUCCGCAACCUCGAGAUCAAAAAGAAGUUGGCCGAGAUCGCUUCACUGAUGCCACUUCAGAACACACAAAGUCUGAGCAGAAUCAGGACGUUGAGGUUGGCGACAAAGUAUAUUAGUCAUCUUCAAGGCAUUCUUAACGGGGAGACGGUAGGUUACUGUAUGAUGAGUUGAAUUUUGGUACAGCAUGGUUUGUAGAGCUUACGGUAUUAAAUUGUGUUAAAGUUUGUAAAUGUAGUAUUAGCUUGAUCAAAUGGUUAACAUUAGGUUGUUUAGAAAAGUCUUGUCGUUUUUUACAUACAAAAACAACGUUAAAAAACGACAAGACUUUCUAUUCUGUUACUUUUUGUUUUUCCACAUACUUUUUGACCAAACAACACUUACUUUUUAAAUUUUAUACCCAAAAAUUAAUGAAGUUUCAAGAUGCAUUAUUCAAUAACGUAUUUUACCUUAAAACAACUAAAAUCUAAAACAAUAUUUAGAUUGACACAUACGAAGGUGGUCGUCGCCUACGAGAUUACAACGACUUCCAACGUGAUGUGAAUGAAGAGAUGCAACGUACCAACUCGUACAAAGAACGUGCUGAAAUGGAGAUGAGAAUGGGGCUAGGAACUUCUUGUCCGCCCAAGAACCAACAAUACUAUUAG